CUCCCCGGCGGGCCGGGCCGGGCGCCGCCCCCCUUCCAACGCCGUGGACCAUGUUCCCCAGCACCGGCUCCAACGGGCUGUAUAAAGCACCUCUGUCAAAGAGUCUUUUAUUAGUCCCAAGUGCCCUGUCGGUUCUAUUGACUCUGCUCUUCCAACAUUAUCAGAAGUUCUUCACAUAUAACCUACAAGCUGUAAAAGAGGAUUUUCAGAUUUGGAGACUUGUAUUUGGGAGAACAGUAUGUCUUGAUCUGAAAGAUACAUUCUGCAGUAGUUUGCUCAUUUAUAACUUUAGGAUAUUUGAAAGAAGAUAUGGCAGCCGAAAAUUUUCAUCCUUUUUAUUGGGCUCCUGGAUGCUGUCAGCUUUGUUUGAUCUUCUCCUUGUAGAAGUUAUGCAAUAUGCAUUUGGCAUCACCAUCAGUAGUUUGCCUUCUGGAUUCUUGGGUCCUGUAUUUGCUCUGUUUGUACCAUUUUUUUGCUCCAUUCCAAGGAUGCAAGUGACACAAAUAUUAGGCCAAUUUCCCAUCACAAACAAGACAUUGGUCUAUAUACUGGGUUUACAGCUCGUAACCUCUGGUUCCUACAUCUGGAUUGUAGCCGUAAGUGGACUGAUUUCUGGGAUGUGCUACAGCAGUAGUGUGCUAAAAGUUCAUCAGGUGCUUUGUGUUCCCAGCUGGCUGGCAAAGAUAUUUUCUUGGACUCUUGAACCAAUAUUCUCAUCUGCAGAACCAUCCAACGAGAUUCGAGUAGGAAUGGGAGCAACAGUGGACAUCCAGAGACAGCAGAGAAUGGAGUUACUGGAUCGUCAAAUCAUGAUAUCUCAGUUUGCACAAAUGAGACGGCAAAGACAACAGCAGGGCAGGGUGAUUAACUGGAAUCGACUCUUUCCUCCUUUACGUCGUAGACAUAAUGCAAAUGAUCAAGAUAAUGGCCAGUCUGAGCAAGAGGCACCUCCACCUGCUGAGGUUUCUGAGGAACAGGUUGCACGACUUAUGGAAAUGGGAUUUUCCAGGGUAGAUGCUUUGGAAGCUCUGAGAGCUUCAAAUAAUGACCUUAAUGUAGCUACCAACUUCCUACUGCAGCACUGAUGAUUGUCUGUGAUGAAAAACUUUAGUUGAUAUGUUUAUCUACCAUCAGCAAGAGGAUCAAAGCCACCUGCUGGAUAGACUCAUAAAGAGCAAAAGCCAAGAAGAAGAAAUGUCUACUAUACGCGAUGUUUCAAAGUAGUGUUAAUGGAUGACACUGACUGUUCCUAAACCCCCAAAUAAAGUGGUGGUUACUGU